UGUGCCAGGGCUCGGCUAACAGGAUUUAUUGAUGGCAUGGUUACUGAGGUGGUUCUUACACCUUACUAUUAAUCUAUUGAAUCUAUAACAACAGUCAGUGUAAGCUUUUACUAGUUGUUUUACAUUUGAAAUUAGGAAGAUUUAAAUUCUGUUUAAAUAAAUUGAUAAAAGUUAGUACUUUACUAUGAAGAGCCAUGUGAGACACUUCUUUGGUGGGGGGUUUCCUAUGGUCGCACUUCCUCAAUACGACAUUAGAAAAGUUCCCUUUUUUGUAUUCUGGUUACAACUGCCUGCUUCUCACACAAUGCAACAGGACAUCAGCGUCUGGGUUCGGGACCCGAGGAUCCAGAACACUGACUUCUGGCACGCCUAUAUAGACUACGAAAUAUGUUUACUUACUAACAGUCUCUGCUUCACCAAGAAGAUCUCGUGUACAAGGAGGCGGUUCAGCGAGUUUGUAUGGCUGAGGAAAAGACUCCAGGUGCAUUCACUGCUCAUUAGCAAGCUCCCACAGAUGCCGCCGAAGAACCUGUUUUUCAGUCUGAACAGCGCCCGGCAGAUUUCUGAGCGAAUGAAGGGGCUUCAGACCUUCCUGGAGCAGAUCCUGGUGAGCCCCUACCUGCUGUCGGACAGCUGUGUUCAUCUGUUCCUGCAGUCCCGCCUCAGCGUGGCCCAGAUGGACGCCUGUGUGGCGGGCCGGACACGCUACUCUGUGGCCCAGGCCAUCGAGCGUGGAGGGCAGAGCCUUCCCCGCUUCCCCUCCACAGAGGACCUGAACCAGGGCUCUUCCUCCUCCUCUUACUCAUAACAUGUAGCAAGAGGCUAGUGUGUAUGUGUAUAUGUGUCGCACCUGACAUCAUUUGUGCAUUUCUAGAAGAGAUUUUAUGUUAUGUUAUGUUUCACUCCCCUCUUCUGUUAUUUUUGAGUACUUAGAGAAUAGCUAUCUGAAUAAAAAGGUACUAUAAUAUUAUUGUUAUUAUUUUUACUAUUACUAUUAUUACUAAUUGUAGUAGUAGUUUUAUCGGGGUGCUGCAGGACUACGGUAAAGACUGUAGUAGUAAGCUAAUGAUAUGGCUGCUUCUUGGUCUAAUUGUUUGUUAGUUCUAGUCCGGUACUCUCAGUUCCAGACUCCAGCAGUAUGGACGAAGCCCUGAACACAGAACAGACUGAACCAUCGGAUGCAAGAGGAUCUAUACAAUAGGAAACCUUCUUGAUAUCCUCUGUCUUGUCUUGAAAACAUUUCCAUGAAAUAAUUGAUUUACACAUUGUGGCCAUUUGGACUGUGGCCUCAGCACCUUGUUAUGUAAACUUGACACUGCAUAAUAUUUUCCACUGUUGUCUUUGUGUUGGUUUUUAUUUACUGAAUAACAAGCAUGACACGAUCCACCUGAAGAUGGCAGUGUUGUUACACCAAUUAUUUGGAUUUGGUCAUCUGUAAUGUGAAAAAUGUAUCAAUCUUCUGUGGCGAGGUGCAAAGUGAGGUCGAAAAUAUGUUUCAGUAAAGCCACAUAGUUUAAGAUGCAAA